AUGGGCAGAGGCAGGGGUAAGGGAAAGAAGUUGACUGUUAGCAAUCAUGAUGACACUGGAAGUGGCGAGGAAGAGAAAAUUCCAGCACAGAAGAGAAGAGGACGACCACAAAAACCGCUGAAAGAUGACAUUGAUGAGGAAGAAGUUGAAAAAAUUGAAGACGAAGAGGCAGAGAAUGGAAAAACUGGUAUCGCAAGCAAAGAGGCAAAAAGUCCAACGGCUGUGGAAAAUGGAAAGAAGAGGAAGCGAUAUUCACAGGCAAAGGAGAAACAAGAUUCAGUGAAGGAAGAGAAUGGCGUUGGAACUAGAUCAAGUACUGAUGACUCAACUAAGUCUAAUGGUUUUCGACAUAAUGGAAGUAGGCGGAAAAACAAACCUCGUCGUGCUGCUGAAGCAGGCGUGGAAUUUGAUGGAUUAGAGGGUAUCAGAUUGCGGCAAGUAGCAGAAUUUUGCAUCCACCUUUUGACGUGGUCUAUAGCUUCUUAA